AUGUCCAAAAAAGUCUCCUGGCACGACCAAAUCCUCCCCCUUCUCAACCACUCCAACUCGGAAAUCCGCGUGCUCCAAAUCAAGCCCGGAUUCCCAGAUUCCCCCAUCCGCUGCAAAUUCCACGUCACUAGUCUCGACAACCUAGACGUCUCCUACGAGGCGCUCUCCUACGCCUGGGGAACUGGCAGCCAAAACACCACUCACGAGGACAUUUACUUUGGAGACGACGACGAUGAUACCAAUAAGGUCGGUGUCACCCCUCCACUAGCUAAUGCUCUCCGCCGGCUGCGUCUGCUGAACGAGCCACGCCACGUCUGGGCCGAUGCACUGUGUAUCAACCAGACAGAUAACCAUGAAAAGUCACUUCAGGUGAGCAUCAUGGGCCGCAUUUAUAGCACCUGCACGCAAGUCGCCAUCUGGGUUGGUCCCUUGGACGAAGUCUCUCAAGAAGAUGCCCAAGCAGCCCUUGACACAAUCUCCUGGAUCGCCGGCGAGCAGGAGGCUCAUCCCUGGAUGGAAGUCAGCGACAGCGAGGAGGACAGCGACGAGGAGAAUGAUGAAGAUGAAGAUGAAGAUGCAGGCAGUGAUGAAGAUGAAGAGGGUGAAGAUGGCAGUGGAGAGGAGGACGAAGUCGAGGACGAGGACGAGGACGAGGACGAAGACGAAGACGAAGAUGACGGUGAAGAUGACGAGAGCGAAGACGAAGACCACAAAACCGCACGCCUCAAAAGAGAAUCCGCCGCCACCGCCUUCAAAACUCUCUUCCUCCUCCCCUGGUGGUCCCGCAUCUGGACUGUCCAAGAAGCCAUCCUUCCACCCCUCGCAACCCUCUACUGGGGCCCCUGCCAAAUCCCCUGGUCCACCCUCGACAAAGCCGCCGACAGCUUCUUCGACGACUCCGCCCCCAACGUCCCCGAUGAGUUCUGGCACAACGACGCCAUCGAGCACCUCACCGUCGCCCUGCGCGGCCUCGGCGCCUCCCGCGAGGAGGAGCUCUUCAUGCUGCUCUGGCGCUGGCGGCACCGGAAAGCCACGGAUCCGAGAGACAAAGUCUACGGCCUGUUGGGGUUCCGGCAUGAUGUUUCGCUGCCCUCGGUCAAGACGUGUGAUUAUACCGUUGAUGUGCGCACGCUCUACCACAAGGUGACCAUCGAUCUCAUCAACAUCAGCACCGAUCUCCAGCCUCUAUUAGGUCGCGGCGGCGAACGCUCCGAGAUUCCAGGCCUCGCUUCCUGGGCCGUGGACUGGGACGGCGUGAAAGACGCCUCAAAGAGCAGCAAAUGCAGCUUCUGGGACCAUCACCACUGGUGGCACUUUGGCGGCUUCACCGCUGACCGUGGCAUGUACGGCGUCGGCGAGGGCUUGCGAGUCGAAGGCGACGACGACGUCCUCCGCGUGACCGGGCUGCGAGUAAGCAAGAUUAACAUGGUAGAGGACAAUAUCCCAGAAGAAAUUGAAGUGCCAGAGGAGGUCUCAGUCGCGGCCCUCUACCGGCUGUAUGGCGACCGAUGGGGCGAACUCAUGACCAGGUAUCACAAGCAGUUUCCAGAUAAGCUCUUCAACGGCGGAAUGACUGCUUUCCUCAGUCUGAUCACCGGUAACCUGAUAUCAGACGGGUCCCAAGAUAACAACGAAACUGCCGAAUGGGUCCAGAAAAUGCUUCGUACACAUAUUCUCUUCAUCACCGAUGACGGGCGGCUUGGACUGGGUCCACGAAAUGUUCGCCCAGGGCAAGAAUUGUGGAUUGUGGGCGGGUGUAGAAUACCUGUAAUAUUGAAUAUCCUUCCCAAGGCAUCAGACGAAGAGUCUGAGGUGAGUGUGACGUUUCAUAGCGAAUGCUUUGUGUACGGCAUCAUGUCAGGAGAGGCUGUAGAAGGCAGAGGAGACCAGGUAAUAGAAAUCCUGCUCCGGUGA